GAAAAUAAAACUAUAAAUCCCAAAUGGACGUCUUUAUGAAAAUCGAACAGCAAAAGAAAAAUUUAAGCCCCAAAAAAGCAGUUGUUAAGAAGAAAAAGAAGAAAAUUCAGGUGCCUAGAGUCUAUCAGCAGAUUCAGAGCAAGAUUAAUUUUGAGAUUAACCAGAGCCCUAAAUAUAAAGGUUUCACACAUGAAAAAGCCAAGCAAAACUCUGGUGCUGCUAAGCUAGCUAAAUAACAUCAGGAUUAGCAAAGAGAGGUUCCUCAGGAACCACAGGAAGUCAGCUAAGGUGAUUCAUAAGCAUCAGGUAAAAGAGAGUAAGAAGAGAGAGGAUAAGUCUAAGGGUAGGGACCUUAUUAGAAAAAUGGUAAAGUCUUCUUCCCAACCAGUGAUCAAUCCUUUUGACUUAUCCAACAUUAAGAAGUCAUCCCAGGCUAAAGCUCUGUACAACAUUGUAGAAAAGCUGAAUUCUAUUGAUAAAGAGAGCAAAGAGGCUACUUCAACUCCGAAAGUGAUCUCUUCAGUUGCCUCUAUCACUUCUAAUAAUCUUAAGUCCAUUCUAAAUGAUAAGCUUAGGGCUGAUACAAUGUCUUUGAGUAACUGGCCAGACUUUAACGUCAAGUUUCCAUCUUUGAAACGGCAGAAGACGAAGAAGAAGGCUUUUACCCGUCGUGGGCCUAAGAAACCACGUUUACCGAAAGUAAACCUUCGGUCUCCUGAGGAGUUCAAUGAAGAACAAAUACUUAACUAUGAGCUCUGGAACGCUGAAAUGGAGCAAGAGUUCAGACAACAGCUGGAGAAAGAAAGGGAGAACCAUGCUAGCAAGCGCAUCAAGAUUCAUGAAAGACUGGUAAAAGCCCUCCGAGCUCCCAGCAGACUCACUGCUAGGAGCGAUUCCAUUGUUGAGGAGGAUAGUAAUUUCUGUGAGAGUGAAAAAUUUUAAUCAUUUUGGUGCUAAUUU